CCAAGGAGAACAGUGCACCAGCAGAAGCCGUUACCGCAACAACUGCAGAAAUAUGUAUAACUUUUGGAUAAUCGUUUUAUGUUUAGGAUUACUAGGAACUAAAUCUAUAAAUGGACAAUCUGAUCUGGAUGUGCAAUUAGUGGUGCCGAGAUAUGUGGAGCGCGGCUCCAGUGCUACCUUCAAAUGCAGACACAACGUGCGACCGGAAAUACUGUUUAAGGUGACAUGGCUGAAAGUCGACAAGGGCAAAUUCUUCGAAUUCAUAAACGGGCGCAAUCCGCCAUUUCGGAAUUUCACCAUAGAUGGGGCCGAAAUCGAUUGGGAAAACUCCAAUGAAACACAAGUGACUCUGAAGGAUGUUCACUUUGAUCUAUCCGGUCAAUUUUACUGCGAAGUUUCAACCGACACGCCUAUUUUCACUAAAGCCUCCGCCGACGAGCUGAUGAGCGUUUACUUGCCCCAGCCCGGACCACCAACAAUUAAGUUCCGGAAGCGGAUGCCCUUUGCUGUCGGGGAGCGUCUCUUCGCGCUAUGCAACACGACACGUGCACGUCCAGCGCCGCAUAUCACGUGGCUAAUCAAUGGCAAGAAGGUGGAGGAGAAGUACGUACGCACGCAUCAUGUCUACUCAUUCAAUGGCAAGAGCCAGCGACGCACGCAGCAGCAGCAACAACACCCGCAGCUGACUCAGCAACAGUUGCAGCAGCAGUACUAUCAGCAGUACUACAAUCAGUAUCAGGCUCAGUUCCAUGUGCCACACUUCAUCGAUCGAUAUGACAAGAGUCUGCGUUGGGGCGGUGCACGUCCAGAUGAUUUCUCGCAUUUUGCGCCGCAUCAUGGCCACGAUGGACAUGGACAUCAUGGGGGCGGCGCAAGUGUCUACAACAAUCCGUUCAGCUCGCUGGCAAACUACCACGAUUUGGGAGAAGUGCAUGAAAUACAUCAGCGUAAUUACGACAGUAAAAAGGCGCAUUUGGAGAUGAAGAAACAGUUGGAGAUGAAAAAGCACAGAAACUCAUCCAACCGCAAAUACCGGCGGCACAUUAACGAGAAUGCGCUUGGCAUUAUUCGAAGCACACUGAAUAGUGGCGGAUUUGGACCACAGCCGCCGAAUAUGAAUAAAGAGCUGGGCAUACCACCUAAUGCCGGACCCAUGAAUCAGUUGGCGGCCGGCUAUCAACGUCCGUUGUCACAUCCAGGUGGUGGCAGUGGUGUGGCUGCUGCCGCAGCAGCUGUGACGGCAGCGCAACAGGAAAAGGGGAUGUUCAGCAUUAGUCAGCUGAACAUUGACCUUACCGAGCAGCAUGUGGACCCCAAUGGACGCAUGGAGAUCACCUGUCUGUCCACAAUACCCUCAGCAGUAGGACAGGGUGAGCAGUAUGCCGAUUACAAAACGUUCUCGGUGAAAGUUGAAGUUGAGCGACAGCAGGCAUCCUCCACAUCCACGGCUCCGCCCAGCAUCGGCAUGGCGGCACUCGGCAAUGGCAACGGACACGGCAACGAGACCUCCGCAGGCUGGCGUGCGCGCGGAGCGAUGUUAACGCACAUGUGGUCGUUGGCGCAGCUGUUGCUGUUUGUGCUGCUUACGCUGGGCUACUAAAACGGGAGGGCAGGACGGGCGGAAGAAGCU